AUGUUGCUAUCCUCACAAGAGAAUCACAAACCUGACGUUGAGCCUCUGAUGACCACAACAAAGCUAUGCUUGCAAUUGGUGUUGUUUACCCGCGAGAUAUCUGAAAGUGACGUGUUUCAAGAAUUAUGCAUCUCCAAGGGUUGUUCUGUUUCAGAAAACUUCAAAGAGUCUUCUCCAGUUUCCCAAUGUGUCGAGGAAAUAGUCUCUUGA